AUGCCGCCUCAAUUAGGGGGUAUAUUUGCUGGCGGGAUGCCGAAGUUACGCAGUCGUGGAGGUGUCGAUACAGGUGCCAGUCGAGACUCGCCAUAUAUCUCUGAUUCCGAAGGUGCACCUCGACCACCUGCUGCGCCAGCUCCCAAGCCUCCAACAGCUCCCCGGCCUCCUGGGACCAGGCCGCCUCCCCGUCCAUCAUCGACCGAUUCACCACCUGCACCACCGGUCAAUCCUUUGGUUGCCGGCUUGAAGAAGCCUCCCCCAAGACCUGCUUCACGACCCUCCUCUACAGUUUCAGCGCCAUCUACAAAGGCCCCUGAAGUGCCGCCUCCACGCGCACCUCCUCCCCCUCCAGCACCGGGCAAGCUUCCACCACCGCCUACGUCGAGAAAACCGUCCGGACCCCCACCACCUCCCCCGGCAGCCCCCGCGACUCGGGCACCUCCUCCCCCGCCGGCUGCUUCUAGAUCGACACCACCCCCUCCCCCAUCAGUAGCCCCGCCUUCAAUUGCUGCGCAGGCUGCCCGUUCCGCCCUAGGACAUUCUUCGCCUUCGGCACCUCCCCCGCCACCCCCAUCAGCUGCCCCAGGUGCUCCUCCACCACCACCUCCUCCUCCAACUUCACUUCCUGCCGCUCCGUCAAGCGAGCCACCAUCCCGACCAUCCCCUGUUUCCUCUCGCCCUGUCUCCCAUGAACCCUUUGCAGCGCUGGACCCUAGUGCUUAUACACUUUCCAAUGGUGGAUCACCUGCACCAAGCUCACGAAGUCCUUCAACACAUGGACAUGGCCCAGUCCAAAUAGAAGACCCGCGUUUCAAAUUCCAAAGCGAGGGGCUGCUCCCCAAACCGCGGCAAUUUAUCGGUGGAGACCGCCGGUAUCGCGCUGGAAGGGGCAGCAGUGUUCCUUUGGAUCUGAGUGCAUUGCGAGGCUGA